AUGGGGGAGUUCCAGUACUUUAAAGAAUUCAUGGAAGAAUGGUUAAGGAAGGAAGGAGAAUCUAAGAGAAACGCGAAUGUUUUAUUGAAAAGGAUAAAAGAAGGUAUGCGCGAUAUUCUGGAGAAUAUAUAUCAGGAUGCGGAAGAGGAGAAACAGCACUGUAAUAUUCAUGGCGAUGACGGCAGCCCAAAAUUGAAGGAUGAUGCAAGUAAAGCUUUAUGUAAAAUUUUAAUAAGAAUAUUCUAUUGGAUAGGUGGAUUAAGACAGGUAGGGGAUAAAGGAAAAGGUUGGAUAUGGGGAAGAACAGUAUUGACCAUUCCAGCUGAGAAGAAACUGCAAGACUAUUUAAGAUGUAUAGUGGGCAAAAUAGUAAUAGUAAGAAUGUUCGGAACACAUUGUAGGUUGAAUGAAGUUACGCCAAUUGUGAAGCAAGCAAUAGGGGAAAAUGUAGAAAAGAAAGGUAUUCAGGACGAACAUGAGAAGUGUGAGAAUAUAGAUUUUAAAAGUUUAAGUAUUGGGGGAAAAAUUUUCUGGGAAGAAAUAGAAAAGUCCAUAGAACAGGAUGAGGAGAAAGGAAAAACUAUUACGGAAAUAAUAGAGCAGGGGAAAUGUGAAGGUAAGAAUGUUACUGAGCGAACAGAAGAUAGUAACACGAAGGGCAAAUGGAAGAGUACUGCUGAAUUACUUGGACUGAAUGAUGAGGAUGAGCUGAAAGCAUUGAUCGCUGAUAGUGAUAAUUGGUCAAAGGGAGGAUUAGACAGAAUACUGUGUUACAUAAGGGAUGAAGGGGGGAUUGAGAAAGUAAAAGAAAUAUUAGCGCAGACGCAUGCUGAAUUUGGGAAGAACUAUAAAGGAUCACUAAGGGGAGGUAAGGAUAUUCAAGAAGACAGGUGCGCAACCUAUCUUACCAGGGGCGAAACUAAUGAGAAAGAUAGUUCACCUCCAUCCACAUCAUCACAUUCACCAGCGCGACCAACAACCCCAACGGAAAGUGGAUCGAAAGGAACAAAAGCAGUUAAGGAAGCAACUUUUACUGAAGCGGACGGUUCCACCCCUGCCGCUCUUCCUGGUGCAGAAAGUCCUGAUAAGUCUGUUGACUCCAGCAGUUCCAUUUCUUCCAGUUCUACCAGUCGAAGCACCCAGGUGGAUGGUGCUGCUGGUAGUCAGGAUGGUGGUAAUGCUGGUCAUGUGGAUUCUACAAAGAUUGAUUCUAGGUCUAAUAAUGGCAACACUGCUCCUACCCAGAAUAACGUUGAUAAUAUACAACUGAAGCCGCCGAGUUCUCACGAAUCGCAAACACCACAACUCCCACCUACAACACCACCAGAGGAAGUUAUUCAUUCUAGGACAAGUUCAACAGUACCACAGACUAUUAAGCCCCUGGAAGAAUGGAAUAUAUGGAAUGUAAGGGAUGUUCUUACCCCAUAUUUUCCAUUCAUCCCUGUUGCUAUUGGAACGGUUGUUAUGGGUUAUCUUCUCUCUAAGUAUUUUGGAUACUUCGGCAAAACAAAGCAGCGCUACAAACGUAUGACACAAAUAUCCGGUUCUCCUUUAGGGAAAAACAGUGAAGGAACGGGUCUGACAAUAUCCUACGCACCUUAUGAAUAUCGCCUAAUGAAAGAAAAACGCCAACCUAUACAUUCUACCGAAAUGCAGCAAGAAGAACAUGCCAAUCGAAAGACUAUUAUUGAUAUUCACUUAGAAUCACUAAACGAAUAUCAAAACCAAAACGAAGACCCCGAAUUAACGAACAAUGUUGAUUUUCUUCAAAUCAUCGUGGAAGAAUUGAUGAAAUUUGAGUUUAUGAAUAAAGGGAACAUAAAACGAGGAACAAAAGAACAUAACCUUUCUUCCUCAGAGAAUGAACAUCCCUCUCUAACAUGCAAUGUCCCAUAUUGGAUCAACUGGAUCCAACGUAACAAGGUUGCGUUAGUGGAAAUAAAAACACAACCUUGGUUUUAUGACCUAAAGGUAAGUUGGAAGGAGCAUCAGCGGGUACAUGCUGACCGCAGUGAAUUGAAUGAUGAUAAUAAUUAUUCAUUUGAAGAAAAAAGGAAAGAUUCUUUUAGGAGUUGGGUAAGGGAACAACGUGCUCUUAUGGAAUUGAACAGUCAAACAGCAGAUUGGUUCAAGCAUUUGUUGGACAACAUAGAAGAGGUGAACGGGACGGAUGAGUUAAAACAGCAACAAUUGUGUAAAGAUUCGUAUAAGGCGAAAAAUCGUUUAGCACCAAAGUUGUGGAUGUUAAUCUUGGCUUUGGUAUUUGAGGAGUGUGAAAGGGAAGAAAACAUCGUGGAUAAGGAGUUUUAUUUCGAUCAUUUGUUACAAAAUGUUUGA